AAAUUUUGAAAGUAAAUAAAACAGUUAAAUAAGUGAAUUAUAUCUAUAAUAAUUAUUGUAGUUAUUCUUCAUAUCUCAUAUUUAAUAUAAUAUAAAUAUCAACACAAUCACAUAAAAUUCCCAUCGUGAUGUUGAGAAGAGUAGGAAAUAACAAUAGUCGUUUAAUACAACAAUCUUUUAAAAGAUUUAACUCAUCACACAAUCAUCAUGAAGCACCACAGAAGACAGUAGAAAUAAAUAUUACAAAGAUAUUUGGGAUUGCUGCUGCUGCAGGUGCCCUUUUAGUAUACAAGAAUCAACAAACAACAGAUAAACCAUUAUUUGCUACUAAAUUAUAUAAUGAUCAAGCUGAAGGUGUACGUGAAAACUUGAGAAAUGAAAAUUAUUUAAAAAGAUAUAAAACUUCCUUUAUUCAAGGAUUUAUUAGAGAUAAAGGUGGUAUAGGUCAAAGACAACAUAGAAGAAUUGCCGAUUCAACAAUUCAUUCAACCAAUUUAAUUCCAACUCAUUCACCAUUUAGUAAUCAAUUAGGUAACCAAUUUGGUGCUGGUAUAAAAACUGAUAAAUUAGGUCCAAGAAAGGAAAGAAUUAGAAUUUUUGCUCCAAUUGAUACCACUAAAGAUUAGAAUCAAUUCAUUAUUACUUAGGUUCACUAGUGUACCAUAAAUAAGAAUAAGUUAUCAAGUUAGAUUCAUAGCAUGCGUACGAAUCAUCAAGCGAUUCCCACAGAACAAUUAGAAAAUUAAACGAUUAGUACGAACAUAACUUUCAUUUUCAACAUUUGCAUUAUAUUGAAUGAAUUAUAGUCAAUUGUUCUAUAAUUCUUCAAAUAUCAUAUUUUUUCAUCAAUAUUAUUAUUAUUAUUAUUAUUAUUAUCUCAUACUUUUUAUGCUUCUCUUUUGUACUCUUUUACUCCAGGUAUAGGGUAAAUAUACAGUAAU